UGACAGUUGUCCAGAGAUCAGUUGUCAUUGAGUUACUUACAAUAUAGGUACGCCCGUUUGUUAAUUUUUCUCUCUAAUUAGGACUUGAGAAGCAAAGUGAAGUGAUUUUAGAAAAAUGUUCAGCUGGUUAACAAGGGACAACAAUAAACAAGAGGUUUACAACAAUGUCAUUGAGGGCUUGAAAGACAUUUACAAAAACAAAUUACUACCUCUCGAGGAACACUACAAUUUUCAUGAAUUUCACAGCCCAAAAUUGGAAGAUUCAGAUUUCGAUGCCAAGCCUAUGAUUUUACUCGUCGGUCAGUACUCAACAGGUAAAACAACUUUCAUUAAAUAUUUACUUGAGCGAGAGUUUCCUGGAAUACGUAUUGGGCCUGAACCUACAACUGAUAGAUUCAUUGCUGUUAUGUAUGAUGAAAAAGAAGGUAUAAUACCUGGAAACGCCUUAGUAGUUGAUCCUAAAAGACAAUUCAGACCUCUAUCGAAAUUUGGAAAUUCGUUUUUGAAUCGCCUGCAGUGUUCUCUAGUUAAGUCUCCAGUGCUUCAAAAUAUAUCGAUAGUUGAUACCCCUGGGAUACUUUCUGGCGAAAAACAACGUGUUGACAGAGGAUAUGAUUUUACUGGAGUUCUGGAAUGGUUUGCUGAAAGAGUGGAUCGAAUAAUUUUACUAUUUGAUGCUCAUAAGCUUGAUAUUUCUGAUGAAUUUAGACGUUCUAUUGAGGCUCUUAGAGGUCAUGAUGAUAAGAUCCGGAUUGUAUUAAAUAAAGCUGACAUGAUAGACCACCAGCAACUAAUGAGAGUUUACGGAGCACUUAUGUGGUCUUUAGGAAAAGUGUUGCAAACGCCUGAAGUUGCUAGAGUUUACAUUGGUUCAUUCUGGGAUCAGCCUUUAAGAUAUGAUGGAAAUCGGCGAUUGUUUGAAGAUGAAGAACAAGAUUUAUUUAAAGACCUGCAAUCACUACCAAGAAAUGCAGCGUUAAGAAAGCUGAAUGACUUAAUUAAAAGGGCAAGAUUGGCCAAAGUACAUGCUUUUAUUAUUGCAGAACUUAGAAAGGAAAUGCCUUCAGUGUUUGGAAAGGAUUCUAAGAAAAAGGACCUAAUCAAGAAUUUGAGUCAAAUAUAUGACAAAUUGCAGAGGGAGCACCAAAUUUCUCAAGGAGAUUUUCCUGAAAUAAAAAAAAUGCAAGAAGUUUUGGUCAACCUGGACUUUACAAAAUUCAAUCCGCUAAAAGUUAAAUUACUAGAAAUAGUAGAUAGAAUGCUGGCCGAUGACAUAUCAAAAUUGAUGGCAAUUAUACCCCUGGAAGACACUUCAACCAACAGUCCAAAUGGAAAUAUUUCUGGUGGAGCUUUUAAUAACGUGGAAGAUACCGCAUCUCCAUUUGGUUAUAAAAGGGGAGAAGGAAUUGAUGCAGGCGCUGGUGAACAUGAUUGGAUUGUAAAUAGGGAAAAACCCAGAUACGAUGAAGUUUUCAAUCAGUUGAACCCCGUUGGUGGAAAAGUCACUGGAAUGGCCGUUUUGAAUGCUCCCCCAACUCUGAUAGGGAUUUGGAAGAAAAAAAAGAAAUACUGGUCUCUAAAACGAUCUGCCAAAUCAGAAAUGGUAAAAUCAAAAUUGCCUAACACAGUUCUAAGCAAAGUGUGGAAGUUGGCUGACGUGGAUCAAGAUGGCAUGUUGGACAACGAUGAAUUCGCUUUAGCGAUGCAUUUGAUCAACAUCAAAAUAGAAGGAAACGAGUUGCCAUCUGAGCUACCAGACCAUUUAGUACCUCCAUCAAAACGUUGAUUUCCUGUUCGGUAUUUACAUUACUAAUUGAUUUACGUUGUUCAUCCGCAAAUGGUACAAUUACAUAUGUUGCUUCUCUGUAAACUUUCAAGUCAUCCAUCUUUGAGUACAAGUAUUUAUACCAAAUAGUCUAGCUUUCAUAUCUUCGCAAACCUAAUCUAAUAAAUAUGUAUUUAUAUCAUGUAUUUUGGCCAACAAGGUUUUUGUUAUUAACAUCUUAACGAUUUAUUUUUUCUGUUUUUGAAUAUUUUUGCAAUAAUUUUAAAUAAUCAAUGUGAUAAAAGCAGUACUGUGUAUAUUUGUAUAAUAGCGAUGUAGAUAAAUAAAUUUUUUAACAUA